AUGGUUGAUGCAGCAGCAGGAGGGGCGCUGAACAGUAAGACAUUUGAGCAGGCUCAUAACUUAAUAAAGGAGAUGGCCAUGAAGAAUUACCAGUGGCAGUCUUCGAGGAGCCAACCAGUGAGGCAGGAUAAGCUAGCUAGGAAGGAGCCAGAGCCUGAGACAAUGGGAGAAGAAAAAGUGGAAGACAGGCAGAAGAGCCCAAUGAAAGAGUACCAGCCACCAGUCCCCUACCCUGCUCGACUUAAGCAGGAGAAGGUUGAUAAGCAGUUUGGUAAGUUUCUUGACUUAUUUAAACAAUUGCAGAUUAACCUACCUUUUGUUGAAGCUAUUUUGCAGAUGCUGAAGUAUGCCAAGUUCUUAAAGGAAAGCUUGAGUAAUAAAAGGAAGUUGGAGGAUUUGGGACUAGUGACUCUAAACGAGAAGUGUUCGACUAUUCUUCAGAACAAGCUGCCACUCAAAAGGAGAGAUCCAGGGAGUUUUACUGUUCCCUGUAUCAUUGGCGAUUUGCCUAUUAGUGGUGCAUUAGCUGAUUUAGGAGCUAAUGUGCUUGUUAAGGUAGACAAGUUUAUUUUUCUUGUGGAUUUUAGCGUUAUGGAUAUGAAAGAUGAGAGUACUGUGCCUUUGAUCCUCGGUAGACCCUUUCUUGCAACACCUAGGGCUGUAAUAGAUGUUUGUGAUGGAAAGCUUCAACUUAGGGUAGACGAUGAGACCAUUACCUUCGACCUAGCUACUACUACGAGACACUCUUUAGACCAUGAUGAUGUUGUAUUUUCUAUUGAUAUUCUAGAUUAUUUGGUUGAGUCUCAUUUACAUGAAAUAUUGCUUGAUGAUCCUUUGCAGGUAGCUUUGCAAGGAGAGGAGGAGGAGCUAUCGAACAAGCAAGUGUUGGAGCAGCUUGCUAGUUUGUUGGCUACUGAGCCUAGCUGUUCUACUAAUCCUUUUCUUUCUCUUGACAGAUCAGAAGUGCAGAAAGUGAACUCUUCUUUCGAGGACCCCCCGGCCUUAGAAUUGAAGGAGUUACCUAAGCACUUAAGCUAUGGAUUCUUGGAUGAGGAAGAAAAGUUAUCGGUGAUUAUUGCAUCAGAUUUGACACCAGAGGAGCGAGCAAAAGCUCUAGAUGCAAUCAAGAGGUACAAGAAGGCCUUCGCCUAUAAGAUUGCUGAUAUUCCCGGGAUCAACCCUAGUUUUUGUUCUCACAAGAUUCUUAUGGAGGAUAGCUAUAGAGCAGUAGUUCAGCCACAGAGGCAACUUAACCUGAACAUGAAGGAAGUAGUAAAAAAAGAGGAGUUCGACAUUAAGAUUAGAGACAAGAAGGGCGCAGAAAAUUUGGCAGCGGAUCAACUAUCCAGACUGGAGAAUCCGAGCCUGGAAGCACUUAAUGAGAGCAUGAUAGAUGAUCAAUUUCCAGAGGAGCACUUGUAUUCAUUGAAGCGCUCAGAUAAUAUCUCUACCCGUGAUGAAAUGCCCCAAACUAGUAUGCAGACAGUUGAGAUAUUAGAUGUUUGGGGUAUUGACUUUAUGGGACCCUUCGCUUCCUCAAAUGGUAAUAAGUAUAUCCUCGUGGCUAUUGAGUAUUUCUCCAAAUGCCUUAAAGCACAGGCCUUUCCUAUUGACGAUGCCAGAGUUAUUUGCAGGUUCCUUAAAAGGUUAUUUGCUAGGUUCGGCACACCUAGAGCACUAAUUAUUGACAGGGGAACACAUUUAUGCAACGCUCAAUUGAAGAAGGCACUCAGGCGCUAUGGUGUAACGCAUCGGUUCUCUACUCCCUAUCACCCAUAA